CAUACAGUGCCUGGACAAUUCUUUGUCUCUUGUACUCUGCAAAACAACUGGCAUCCAGAUCAGAACCAGGUCUUGAACUUGUCAGGUCUCCUACAAGAAACAGGAAUUCCUGGAACAGAUGUACAAUGGCACUAAACCUUGUCAUUACUAAUGCUUUGGGCAGCAUACCAAAGCUGUGUUACAUGACUGCCUUGUGUGUUAAGGCUGGAGGUAUGAGAGUGUCUAAAAAGCAAGAAAACGGACCUGUUGAAAAAAACACUAAACCUGCAGGAAAAGAAAAGUCAAGUGCUAUUGUCAGUUUUUCAAAACCUCAGAACAUGGGUGUCUUGGUAACAGAAGCACUGAGCAAAAUGAGCCACAAAAUUCAUGCAGCAGCAUUACAAGUGGCUCACCAAAAGCCACAGCCUACCUUGGAGAAGUUCAUACUGCCUAAAAGAAUUUACAUUAUUCAACAGCCACGGAAGUGUUAAGAUACUCGUUAAAAUAUUCGUUUACUUAAAAGUGAGUUCCUAUUUUAUAUAGCACUUAGUACACUGUGGUGAAAUGCUCAAAAGCUGUAUGCCUUGUAUCUUGCUAUGUUUCUGUUACUGACAAUAAAACAUUA